AUGGAGUACAGAUCCAGCCGCGCUUGAAUUUUGCGACCACAUAAUAAACGAAGCCAGGUCCGAUCUGUGGUACGCCGCAUGUAUGAUGUAUUGGCGUUCCAACCCUGGUGCCUUGCCAAGGAUGUUAUACAGUUCACUGCCUUUGUUAAAAACUCCUCUCACUUGAAAAUCAACGCUUGAUUUUUUGAUAUAAAGAGCAGAACGAACACGCUAGAUGUAAUUUCCACCAUCACCAUGUUGCGUCUGUUGUGUAUCGCCCUGUCUCUUUUCUUAUCCCUUCAGCUCGCUGUUGCAGACCCUGUCUCAACAGUCUUACGAGUUCCACGUCACUCCAAGUCAUCGUCACUAGUACUGACCAAAUCUGUACUAUCAGCUCUCUUGGUUCGCCGAGGGAAGUUCACUGCUCGACAAGGAUGCCCCAGCGGAUAUCAGCAAUGCACCAACUACCCGGACGCAUGUGCCCCUGUUGGCAGCUUCUGUUGCAACGAUGUGUAUAACUGUCCAGACGACACCACCUGCUUCGAAUCCGAAUGUUGUCCCAAUACCGCGCAAACAUGUAAUGGACAUUCCUGCUGCAACCCUGGUAGCGAAUGCUGCAACGACGACAGUUGUUGUGAAUCCGGCUACUCCUGCUGCAAUGACUCUACCGGGGGAUGCUGCCCUACUGGAACGACGUGUAUAGCAGGUUCUGAUCAAUGUUCCACUGGAGGCCCAACUGGUGGAGGUGGAACCGGUGUACUCACUAGCGUUGCGGUUACUACUUCGUCCAAGUCAACCGUGCAGCCAAAAACCGCUUCUAGCAGCAGUCAUACAAGUACAAUCAACGAGCCCACAACAACUAAGUCUUCGAGUACUUCUUCGACAGCUUCAUCCACAGGGUCUACUUCGAGUGGCUUCCCACAAGUUGGUGCCGCUCCUCGUGGCAUUGCACUCGUACCUGGAAAACAACUUGUGGUCUUGGCCGCAGUUGUUGGUUUGCCGAUCCUCCAUAAUGUCGUCCAGGCGUUAUGAAUACGCAAUAACACUUUUCUUCUUAUAAUCAGCAUUUUUUUGAGGUUGUGAUUCAUGAUAUGUUCACUGUUUUUUACAUACUAGGACUUGUAAUACGAUGUUUUGCCU